UUGAAAUGAAACAUAGUAUUGCAGUUACGUUGUGUAAUUAUCCAUAAAAUUCAUUGCUCAUAGUCAUUGUUUAAUUAAAAUGUGCAGUGUUAGUAAAAUUUAAAUUGUGCAAAGUGUCUGUGGUGUCGUUAAGUGUUGAGUGUUCAGUGCUAGUGUAAAAUGUUGCUGAAGGCUGAUACGAAUAACUUCCGAGUUCCUGGGCAAAAUCAUCUGGCAUCGUCUGGUGGGAAAUAGCAGUUAAGUGACGUUUUUUCAGCUGCAAUACACUUGGAGCAAUUCAAAUUAAAUCUCCGAGUGUAUUCGGACACCCUUCUGCAUAUUAUUUCCCUACCAAGGACAUACCAUUCCACGUAUCAAUGAUGACGUAUUUACUGAUAGCUGGUGAUCGAUACCGUUUGUUAAGUGAUCCUGGAAAACCGAGAAUACCAGCAUUUGUUUGUGCACUAGGGUCCUGGUUCUUCGCAAUAUGUAUUGUUCUCCCGUUUCCAAUUUAUACUACUUACCUUGAUCUUUCCGACUAUAAGACAGAAUAUUUCAACGGUCUUGGAAUUUGUCUGGGAAAUUUGAUUGACGAUAUCCAGCAGUACAUGCGAGGGCUGUUUCUACUAACUUAUGUUGCACCGUUGACAGUAACAGCAUAUAUUUAUGUUAAAUCAAGCCGCGAGUUACAGAAUAAAGAAGAUCCACUGAGUACCAUUGCAAUCUUCCAAGCAAGAAGAAAAGGUUCUUCGCGGAAUGACAGUGACGUCAGUACUAACUUGAUGACAUAUCGAGAGGGUAAGUGUGGGAGCGGUAGUUUGACAACAACAACUGCUACCAUUGGGUUCUCUAGAUAUACUGCAAACACUUAUGAUCUUGAAAUAGAUGUCAGAAGAGAAAUACGUACACAGAAAUAUCUUAUUUUCAUGGUCUCCUUCUACGCUAUUUUGCUGUGUCCACUGAUGGUAUUAAAACUGGCCAAAUUAGCAUUAGUUGAAACAGAAGAAAAUGAAGGUCACUUUGACAUUACUUAUACGAUGUUUGUUUGGCUCGCUUUUAUUCCAACAGUUUCUACGCCACUCCUUUAUGCGUCUUGGCAAAUGAGCAGACCAACAAAAGAACGUUUGAAAGGAUACUUCCAAUCUUCAAGCCGAAGACUGACAAAGGUUUGUGAAGAGGGUGUAAAUAUAUCUACACGUCGUUCAUUACAUCAGAAUAACACACAUUCAGGAUUGGCUAACGUUGCUUAUACGCAACAUCCAAGAACAACGAACAAUAGUUCAAAUGGUAGUAAUGAGGGUGAGGGCAUUCAUUGUUCACCUGGUAACUUAAGUAUACGCAGUGCCGAAUUUGAUAAUAAUAAUGCACAGAUUAUGUAUCUUGUACGUUAAUUAUUAAUAUUAUUAUUAUUAUUAUUAUUAUAUUAUUAUUAUUAUUAUUAUUAUUAUUAUUAUUAUUAUUAUUAUUAUUAUUAUUAUUAUUAUUAUAGUGAUAUAUUGAUUUGAUCCAUUACGUAAAUGCUACACCAGGGUUAACACUGAGGAACAAUGUAUAUAUUGAAUUACCUUUUACAUUAUUCAAUAAGGUUCAGUGGUCCUUGAAUGAUAACCUAACAAAAUAUUGUUGAGGCUUCACAGUAAAAUUUUUUGUUAAUGAAGACAAUAUUUUUAGCUGAAUUCAAAACUUUGCUUAAUAGAAACGUGUAGCUUCAACGAGUAUCAACAUAUAAGUUUCUUAAAGUUAUAUUUAAAUUUAUAAUUACAAAUGAAUAUUUUUUUAUUAAAAGCUAGUCAAAAUUUUAGUAUAUUUUAUAUUUUUAUUUAAGCGUGGAAAUAGAAAAUAUAAUAUACAUCUAAUCUAUAUUUGUAAUAGAUACGUAAACAACCUGUUAAUUUUUAAAAAUUGUUCUAGUCGAUUUACCAGUUGUAAUAUUUUUUGAUCAUCCGAGAAUUUAGAUGUCCGGCUAGUACAUAAAAAAUAGUUAAUGUAAUUUAUUCAGGAAGAAAUUUGGUAAUGGACGGAGUUUAAAUCUUACUCGAUAUAAAUUUUUAGCAUGUCGAAGGUGGUUUAUUAAGGUUACUUUUAAAUGAGCGUUACUUUAUCAACGUGAUACAAAUUUUUAGACGGUUUAUGAGCGGUGCAUUAACCAUAGUGCGCAUGUGCAGAUCAAUUGAGCUUGCGCAGAGUAAAUUUUGUUGGAAUAUGUGCACAUGUUCAUUACGUGGUCUGUAUGGUGCUGCCACACGCACAACUCAGAAUUUUUCUUCCUGCAUUAAUUGCAUAAACUAUUAUAUACAUUUUGUAAGAAUUAAAAUUAUACUCUCGUGUGGCGUACUCGCCUUAGGCUCGUGUCCACAACUUUACUCUCGAGUAUAAUAAUUAUUUCUUCAAGAUCUAUAAGCCAUUACAAAGCUGUAAUUAAAAAUUUAUUUAAUAAAGCACUACCUCUCUACUUCGCGUUCGAGGUGUGCAAUAACUAACUACAGAUACUAAUAAUUUACAAACUUGACAAGUACAACGAAUUAGUUAAAAUUUAAAAAAUACCUUGCCAUAGAACUGAACCGGUGACUUCUCGAUACUCAGUACUAAACCAUUGCAUUAAUUAAACCACCGCAGGCUUCGCGGUUAAAAUUAUUCUUAAAGUCUAUACUAUAUAAAAUCCAGUAAUUCGACUAAAAUUACUACUAAAAUAUCUAAAUUGUCAAAUGAAAAUUUUAAUUUUUU